GCAGAUUAGUUGAGACCAUGUCCAAACUACAGGACAACCAACCGGCGAUUACUGACUUCGUCAAAAUUCGUGCUGAUAAAAACCAAGAUGGUGGACAACUUGCACAGGACUUUGAUAAGCCAUCCUCGAUAACUAUACCCGUGAAGCGAAAUAGACGAGAAGCGGGGUUCCCAAGUAAGGACAGUGAAACUUCGCCAGUACCGUACGAUGACGUUUUUGAGAAAGCUCUUGAUGAAGCAUCCUCAGGUACAUGCACCACAGACGAUCCACAUGAAAUGGAUUCUGAGCAACCGGUAACUAUCCUCUCUCUUACUACCGUUAUGAGAACAUUACUUAAUGAAAAUAACACCCAGAUAAUGUCUCAAAUGCGUGAUAUGGUGAAGCAUGAAAUUGAAAAAUCCACGAUAAAGCUAUCUACUGAUCUAAAACAACUUCGUGAAGAAAAUGACACUCUGAAGUCCAGAAUCAUGAUAUUGGAGAAAUCCCAUACUGAUAUGACUGCUAAGCAAGAUCAGCUAGCCCUUGAGGUAAAUCAUAAUGCUCAAUACAGCAGGAAAUCCACAUUACGUGCCGUUGGGAUCGCUGAUGACAAAAAUGCGUCUGUUGAAAAGUGUAUUGACACUCUCUGUAAAACCCUAAAUGAUCACCUGCCAGCAGGAGCUAUGAUUGAACCUGACCACAUUGAAAUUGCCCACCGUUUGCCUGGAAGAGAUGGGAAGCCACGACAAAUCAUAGCCAAAUUCUUUGACCGACUUGUUAAGGACAAAGUAAUGUCAAACAAGCGCCACCUAAAAGGCACCAAUGUGAGAAUUUACCAUGAUCUUAGUCCGAGAAACAGAGUACUACUGAAAGAAGUCAAGCAGCACAACGAUAUUGAUCAAGCAUGGUACAAUAACAUGAAAGUGUAUGGUAAACUCAAAUCUGGUACAAUCAAAGUAUUCUCAAUCUACGAUAACAUUUAGGGGAAUUACACCUAUUUCAUGGCUAAAGGCGUUUUCAGGGCGUUUUGGGUAACGUAGGCUAGAAUUUUAAAAGCGCCUUGAAGACAACUUUUCGUGAUUACACUUGAUUUUUCUAAAGCGCUUUUAGACUGAUUUAAGACAAAAAUUUGCCAUCAACCAUCGCAUUUGCAUCAAAAUCUGCUAUUUAGAUAUACACUUUCAACCGUAGCGCCAUCUCUGGAGAUUCAAAAUGAUCCGAUACUGUAUGUUCCUUUUUUUCUUAAAUCGUAUUCAAUCUACCUCUGGCGUUAACAAAUAUGUGCUAAAGAAAGCAUGGAAAACAAUGCACAAGCGCGCAAAGAGAGAAGCUCGAUCGUUAGGAGAGAUCCAAGAGAGAUCCAGUAAAAUGAAGAUGGUACUUUUGUUGGGGCUGUUUGGCAUCCUUGGUAAUAUGGGACAGGAACGAACGAUUUGGACAAGACAAAGAUCUCGUCAUUUUUUUGACUUCAUUGUAGAGAGGUAAUUUCAACUAUUCAAUCAUCCCCUCCCCUCGCCUUCUCCAAUCUACAAUAGUACCGGAAUUUCUCGUAUAUAAGCCCUGGGGGU